AUGUUGAAGGUGGACGUGACGACGGCGCCGUUGUUGUGGAUGGUGGGUGCCGUGCACGUGCUGGAUCCGGACACGGCCGAUGCCACCGCAGACCCGCAGCCGUUUGUGUUUGACGUGUCCCCAGCCGGCGUCGCCUACAUUGAGAACCAGCCACUGUUUGUCAACCGGUCGUCACUCGAUUUUGAGUCGCAGUCGUCCUUCGUCAUCAUCAACGUCACCGCGCGCGAUGCCCGCGACAGCUCCCUUGCGGUGUCACAGCAGUUUACGCUGCUCGUGCAAGACUUGAACGAGUCGCCCACAUCUGACGUCCCCAACGGCACAGCGACCGACCGGCGCACGGUGCAGCUGGUGCUGGCAGCGGGCGCGACGCUGAACUACGAGGUGCGGUCCGUGUUCGUUGUCACCGUCACCGCGACAGACCAAGGCGGCCUCUCCGCCACAUCGCAGAUCCUCGUGUUUGUGCAGGACAGGAACGACGCCCCGACAACGCCCACCAUCACCAGCAACAGGCUUCCCGAGAACACGACGGCGCUUCCGUUCGUCGUCGGCACGCUGCAGGCCACGGACGAGGACACGAGCCAGGCGCUCCAGUUUGCGAUUAACAGCAUCGAUCUACGACAUGGCCAUUGGCGCAAUACGAGCACGGGCCCACGGACGUGUGCCUGCCAAGCUAUGCCAACAAGCGGUGUUGCAUUGGCGUGCACGACUGCAACCAAUUCACGGUACGCAGUGGUGCUCGUGAUGCUCAUGAGCGAUGCCUGCAUGAGCGCCGGGUGCGCGUGGUCGGACGUGUGCGGAAGCAACAGCAACGACGAUGGCGGGUACUGCGGGGUGUUUGAGGGCGACCUGGAGGCCACUGCGCAACACCCAACGGACGGAAAGUGCACUGGCACGGACAAGGACCUGUGCGAGGCUGAGGACGGAUGUGCGUGGGACGUGAGCGGCCACUGCCACCUGCGCAGCUGCACGGCCAUCAGCGACGCCACCAAGUGCGACAGCCAGGACUCGUGCGAGUGGCACAUGCACUGCAGCAGCGCGGACGACGGCGGCCAGAGCCCCGGUUCCUCAAUCUGCGAGAAGUACGUGUGCAAGGAUGUCAUCUCCCAUUGCACGGGCGGAUGCAACGUGAUGUUCCAGUGCGUGCUGGCCAUGGCGCGCCGGGAGCAGUGCGAACGGCGCAGACAGCUGCAUCAAGGAGUGCCACAGCACGUCGAGGAUGACGGCUGA